GCUCACUUUUUCCCACUUCUCUCCCUUUCUCUCUCCCUUUUCCCUCCAAGAAUGAAACAUGACUGAGGACUCUCAGAGAAACUUUCGUUCAGUAUAUUACGAGAAAGUGGGGUUUCGUGGAGUUGAAGAAAAGAAAUCAUUAGAAAUUCUCCUGAAAGACGAUCGCCUGGAUACUGAGAAACUUUGUACUUUUAGUCAGAGGUUCCCUCUCCCGUCCAUGUACCGUGCAUUGGUAUGGAAGGUGCUUUUAGGGAUCCUGCCUCCUCACCACGAAUCCCAUGCCAAGGUGAUGACGUAUCGGAAGGACCAGUACUCUGAUGUGCUUCAUGCUCUGAAAGUCAUUCGCUUUGUCAGUGAUGCCACACCCCAGGUCGAAGUCUAUCUCCGGAUGUAUCAGCUGGAGUCUGGGAAGUUACCUCGAAGUCCCUCUUUUCCACUGGAGCCAGAAGAUGAAGUAUUUCUUGCCAUUGCUAAAGCCAUGGAAGAGAUGGUGGAAGAUUGUGUUGACUGUUACUGGAUCAUCCGAUGCUUUGUGAACCAAUUAAAUACCAAGUACCGGGAUUUUUUACCCCAGCUGCCAAAGGCUUUUGAACAGUACUUGAAUCUGGAAGAUAGCAGACUGCUGAGUCAUCUGAAGACGUGUUCUGCAGUGUCUAAACUUCCUUAUGAUCUCUGGUUUAAGAGGUGCUUCGCAGGAUGUUUGCCUGAAUCCAGUUUACAGAGGGUUUGGGAUAAAGUUGUAAGUGGAUCCUGUAAGAUCCUAGUUUUUGUAGCUGUAGAAAUUUUAUUAACCUUUAAAAUAAAAGUAAUGGCACUGAACAGCGCAGAGAAGAUAACAAAGUUUCUGGAAAAUAUUCCCCAGGACAGCUCGGAUGCGAUUGUGAGCAAGGCCAUCGACUUGUGGCACAAACACUGUGGGACCCCGGUCCAUUCAGCCUGAAUGCUCCCCACCGUUGUGAACAGUCUGCCAGGCCCACCCUGAGCAUGUUGUUCUUGGGCACAUGAUGUACUAAACUGAUUGAAAAUAGCCGUCUUGCUUUGGUGCUCAA